GGUUGUCGGUUGGAAACUGAACAAAAAAAAAAUCAGUUGUCAACAGCAGUCUUCGAAUUUUGGCGUUCAUUCCUACUGAAAGAGUGCACUGUUUUCAAUCGUUAAAACAGCCAAGUCAACUUCUCGAUACUAUUUUCCAUCCAAGCAGAGCACAAUUUGGAUUUUUAGCCUGUAAAAUUAUUUUCCUCUUUUAACAGAUUGUCCCAAUUGUAAUAGUUUUUGAAAUGGCUUUGAGGCACCUCACCAACAGCGCCCUUCUCAUGGGUAGAAAAUCUCUCUCGACGACGAUUUUCAAACAGGCGACUGUCCAGGGGAUAAACUUUGCAAGAGCAUUUUCAAGUCACAGUGCAUCAAGACUUUUUUCUUCCCUUAAAAGUAGAAUUAAAAAAAUUGCUCCCAAACAAAUUACAAUAAAAAAAGAAAAUGACUGUAUAUUUUCUGGUGGGCCAAAGGUGCAGUCCCUUGCACCGCACUUCUCUGGUACGGCCGUGGUACAAAAUGAAUUUAAAACCAUCUCUCUUAAUGAUUUCUCUGGAAAAUAUCUCUACUUGUUUUUCUACCCGAUGGACUUUACUUUUGUCUGUCCGACUGAGAUCAUCGCCUUCAGCGAUCGCAUGGCUGACUUUGAAAAAUUAGAAACAGCAAUCGUCGGUUGUUCCUGCGAUUCACAUUUCAGCCACUUGGCCUGGAUUCAAACUCCUAGAAAGAAAGGAGGCCUGGGUGAAAUAAAAUACCCUCUUUUGGCUGACUUCAAGAAAAUUAUUGCAAGGGAUUACAAUGUUCUUCUUGAAAAUGAUGGUGUACCUCUAAGAGGUUCAUUUUUAAUUGACCCAAAGGGAGUUAUUAGACAGGUGACCAUUAAUGAUCUGCCAGUUGGUCGCUCAGUUGAUGAAGUGUUGAGGUUGAUUAAAGCAUUCCAGUUUGUAGAUACUCACGGUGAAGUCUGCCCAGCCAAUUGGAACCCGGACAAACCGACAAUUAAACCAAACCCGAGAGAUUCUAUAGAAUACUUCAAUAAAGUUAACCCAUCUUAGACAUGCUGAAUAUAAUUUAACAUGGGCGAGUUAACGUGUAGAGUGUGAAUGAGUACAAUAAAAUCUUUAUAUCUCAAUGGAAAAUAUAUUAGAAUGAAUGUACAUCUGUAAGCCAUUAAAUGGUUUUAUAUUUUGCA